GGUUUAACUUCACUGCUGUUAUCAUCUUAUUAUAGUUAGUUACGUCUCAAACUUGAGGAAUGAGGCUACACAUAGCCCUCCAGGUAUACGAUAUAGACCGUUCCAAUAGCUUCGUUCGUUGGAACGCUCACUUUUAGGCGGGAAAGAGACAGUUGGGAACGAAAUCCCGCCUAGUUAGCUCAAAUACGCCAAUCAGAUAUUAAAUCUCUCACCACUACUACGUUUUAGGCCUUCAGCACUUACCGCGAGAGCAACGUCAUGACGCCAGGAGGGGCAGCAACCGAGUGGAGAGAAAUUUGAGAGUAGAACAACAGUGAAUGCUGUGCUGAAAGCGGCACGGCUUCGUCGAGAAAGGAGCGAUUCUAAUUUUCAGAGACUUAUUUUUUAUAUUUCACCAUUGUGUAACACUCACAGUAUCAUCAUCUGUGAUGCCUGCUAGUCUAUUUCCUGAAAUGGAGCGCAAUGGUGGUGGUCUUGAAGAUCAAAGAGCACUGCAGUUAGCCUUAGAGUUGUCGAUGCUUGGAUUGAACAACGAAAAUAAUACGAUUCAUCCUAACGAUUCUGAUCAUACCAGAAGCAAAAAAAGUCAAAAUACUACAGAAUGUGUUCCUGUUCCUAGUUCAGAACACGUAGCAGAAAUUGUAGGUAGACAGGGAUGCAAGAUAAAGGCACUUCGGGCAAAGACUAAUACAUACAUCAAAACUCCUGUUCGUGGCGAAGAACCAGUUUUUGUAGUGACAGGGAGGAAGGAAGAUGUGUGUGCUGCAAAGAGAGAAAUACUAUCAGCAGCUGAGCAUUUUAGUCAGAUUCGAGCCCAACGAAAGAACAAUCAGAAUGGAGCAUUGGCUCCGGGGCCAAACUCCAACAUUCCGGGACAGACAACAAUACAAGUUAGAGUGCCCUACAGAGUCGUUGGGUUAGUAGUUGGUCCUAAGGGUGCUACCAUUAAACGCAUACAACAGCAGACCAAUACUUACAUUGUAACUCCCAGUCGUGACAAGGAGCCUGUUUUUGAGGUCACUGGAUUACCCGAAAAUGUAGAAAGUGCUCAAAAAGAAAUUGAAGCACACAUAGCUGUGCGUACUGGUGGUAUAUUGGACUCCAAUGAUGACAAUUACCUAGAAUAUAAUGGAGUAGACCAGUCUUAUACAGGUAACCUAACUAAUGGUUUUGUUACAUCUCUGUUUAAGUCAGAUCUCAAUGGGUUUGUUUCACAUUCACGGGAUGGCAAAACCUUGCUUUCACAGAAUUCUCAGGAGAGUAUUUUCUCCUUUUCUUCCAAUGGAUCAGCAAAGCUCACUGACUUUUGUCCUUUUACGGGCACUUUUCCCAAUGGUUUUGGUUUAUAUGAGGCAGAUGAGGGUAUAGGAGAUUCUCCAACAUUUGAUCCCAUGAUCAUUUCGUCACCACCAACUUGGCCAGAUUUAGGACUUUAUCCAAGUUCUAGCUUGCCUCGCCAAAACGGAAGUCUUGGCAGUGCAGGUGCAGCUCUGACACAAGCUAUUACAGACUCUCUCCUCAUGGAUCAUUCUCCAGCUCAGAGGAUUCAAAGUGACCCCCUCUCCUUGCCAUCAUUCUCAACACUGUCAAAUGUCACAACCACAGCAUCUAUCAAUGGACCAUUUAUCAACAGUAGUGGCAGUCUGGCAAGCAGCCCCACUGAUUCUAUAGGAUCUGUUGGAAAAAGCUGUAGGAGAGAAUGUAUUGUCUGCUUUGAAAGUGAUGUGGUGGCUGCUUUGGUUCCCUGUGGUCAUAACUUGUUUUGUUUGGAAUGUGCCAGUCGGAUAUGUGAGAAGACUGAGGCAGAGUGUCCAAUAUGUCACCAAAAAGUGUCUCAGGCAAUACGUAUUUACUCAUAAAGUUUGAGAUUUUUUCGUGUGAAUAUGGUCUUGAGUAAGCAAACUCCCUUGCUCAGGCCAAGUUUGUAAUAGGUAUCAUAAUUUCCUACAUUAAAACAUUUUGUAGUUUAAUAACUUGAAUUACCGCACAUAACUUUUCUCCAUUAACCCUUGAAAAUACUAAAGUAUAAUGUACUCUAGACAGCAGUGUGAGAGAAUCAUUGCAUGUUCUCAUAAUCUCAUGAAAGUAAAAGUAUUAAAUAUGUAACAAAGAUUUUAUUCUUGAUGUAAGAUUUUUAUUUAAGAGGCUAAAUACUUACUAGGUACUAAUGCUCUGAAAUAGUUAAGAAUGUGUAGGUUUUAAAUUGUAAAAAGUUUGGUUUUUCAAUUAAAUAUAUAUCUUAAAGAAAAAAAAGGUGAUUUAUUUUAUUCAAAAUUUUAUAAUAGUUUGUUUAAAUGUGUGAUGUACUCAAAAAACAUGUUACCGUCUGUGUGGUAGAUGUGCUUUAUAUGUAUUAGGCAAGACCGUUUAUCUUGCACAAGUUUAGGGUAAGUUUCCUAUUUUUUAAAUUUUAGUAUUUCUAUUUUAAUAUAUUUACUAAGUGACAGUUCUGUGUGCUAGCAGAGUAAGAUAUGAAAUUGUGAAAACGCAUAACUAAGCAAAUAUUUAACCCACAAACAUUCUGUUUUAUAUUAUUUAAUACUAAAAUAUGCCUUAUUUGUCUGAUAAAAAUGAAAAGUUGUGUUUUUAAUGUAGUCUUCCAUUUGUUUUUAUGUGGCAUCUAAAAGAGAACUAGGUAAACAUUUUUUCUAUCCUUUGUUAUAACAUUAUAAUUCAGUAUUUUGUUAAAAGUUUAUCACUUUAAUUUUUGUUUUCUGUAUUGUUGAGGCGCAAUAACUUUUGUAUAAGCCAAGAACUGGUCGGCAAGUUACUGGCUAUUUCAAUAUGCAACGUGUUCAGACUAUUUAUUUAAAAGCAUCUGGACAUGAUCGAGCAGCCAACAAGAGGGUAAUAUUUUGUAGAAAUGGUGGUAUUGUAUAAUAACAUUUGAACAUGUUGAAGUGUAAACUUCAUGUUUGUUUUCAAGAACUGUAAAUAAUGCUUGUAGUUAGAUUAGAAUUAAUUUUAAAAAAUCGGAUAAUACAGUUUUUGAAGCACAUAUGAUAUUGUUUAAUAUGAUGCUCACAGUAAAUAUAUAUAUAUAUAUAUAUAAGAAGAUUGUAUUUCUCCUGUGUUGGUACUGUACUGGAUGAGGUUAUUGUUGCCUGAUCAGGGAGCACUUGGUUACACACAUGUGUGUACUGGAUGAGAUUAGUGUUGCCUGAUCAGGGAGCACUUGGUUACACCCACAUGUGAUUAAUAUAUUAGUAAUAUUUUCCUCACCUUUGUAUCCAAGUUUUAAGCUUUUGGUAUUUUGGCUAAUUCAGAAAAAGGUAGAGUAACGCACCAGCUGUCCUUGUUUUGUGACGAAGGUUGUGUUUUGUGGUUGUUUCAGUGUCUCACAAUCGACUGCAAAGUUCCAUGCUAAGAUAAUUAUAUUUUAUUAUUAAAGUUUUGAAUGUACUGAAACAAAAAGUGUAUUUUGAAGUUCAAAUAAAUACCUCUUGGUGUGUA